AUGUCGGACGCCAACGACAUGCGCUCGCAUCUUCGCGCGCUUCCGCACGACCUCUGGAUCAUUCUGGGCUCGCACCACGCGCGGUGCGUCCUUCUCAUCUCGUCGCUGACGUCGUUUGGUGCCUACGCGCUUGCCAAAUACUACCGCGACACAGCAGCAAUCGACGCGUUCCCAGCCCACACGAUUUGGCUGCUUCUGACGCGCCUCGGUGACGUUGUCCUCGUUGGGUACCCAUGGCUCCUCUCGCAGCCUCGGGCGGCGCGGAGCCUCUAUUGUCGUGGCUGGUACGUCUGCCUCGUUGGCGCCGAGCUCGCUUCGGAGCUCGUCUACCUCGCCGCGCCGCCCAACAAGCACCUCUGGGAAAGCCCACGGCACACGACAAGUCUCUUCAAGGUCCUCGUCACAGUCCACUUUGCUCUCUACUUUGCCGUCAUGUACCUGUACCCGUACUAUGCAACGAGCGGUCGUCGCAAUUCGACUGUCGCAGCGUGUGGCCCGCCGCUCCAGGCGAUCUCUGCCGCGCUGCCGUCUCCACGUCCACUGGCUGACAUCAGCUGCCUUCCACGGUUCCUGGCCCGUCUCGGGCAGCCCCAGCUCGCCGGCUACGAUGUCAUGCUCUACUCGGCGGCGUCCAUGGUGCUUCCGUACCUCGAACCGUCCAUCAACCUCAUUGCGGUCGGGCCCGUUUUCUUCGUGCAUGUGCUCUUGGCGCUCGGAACGCGUUCCCAAUGGCACGCGUCGCGCAGCCGCGGCUUUUGCCUCCUCUUCACCUCCUUCCAGAUGUGCAUUCACGCGCUGCCAACGUUUGUGAUUGAAAACCUCUAUGGGCGGAAUGGCAACGGGUCGUCCAAGAGCGUCUUUGCGACGCUCGCCUACUACGUUCUUAUGGGCACGUACGGGCAUCUCUGGCGCCUCGUUGCGCGCUACGCCACGUACAUGGCGUUUACGGGCACGCAUCGCUUCGACGGUGUUUACGGCCUCCUCUUGCUGCUGACGUUUGGCCGCAUUUUUACGCGCGACAGCAAAUGCCUCAACGACCUCGGCACGUGGCUCCUCUGCGCUUACCUCGGGAAGGCAUCCGCGCCGAUCCUCGAGCGUGCCCACGUGCAAUGCAGCCGGCUCCUCAAGGCGCGCCAGAACAUGGUGCUGAACCUCGCCAGCUCGCUCAUCAUCCCGAGCCUCUUUGUGCUCGAGAUCUCGCUGCGCUGGCACGUCCUCUCGCCGUCGAUCGCCAAGAUGUCCAUGUCGUUUGUUCUCUACUCGGCGCUCGCGCAGUUUUUGACGCGGCUCGCGGGCGGGGCAAGUGCGUGGGUCUACCUCCGGCACCGCGCGGCCACACUCGGGCACGAGCUCCCGAAAGAGGCCGCGCUCCCGCUCGUGCGACCCAGCACGAUGCUGCCAGCGAUGAACGCGUACUGGGCGACCCACGCGACCUACUUGUACGUCUGCGUGGGCUAUGGCGCCAUGAGCGCCAUCAUGCUCCUCGGCAAACUCUACCUGCAGCUCGAUAUCGACGUCGACGCUAGUAUGAGGCAGUAG